AUGAAAUCUGCUGGACCAUCAUCGCGCUCCAAAAAAGAAGUAGCAAAGGACGAGUCAGCAAAAAGUCGGCCCAGAGGUUCAAGACCUCACUCACCUCAGUCACAACCUCAAUCGAAACCUGCGUCAGAGCCUCAAUCACAACGUCAACCAAGACCUCAGUCAAAACCUCGAUCAGCACCCAAAUCAAAACCUAAGUCGGAACCUGGAUCGAGACCACAGUCGAAACCUCGCUCGAAACCCCAAUCACAACCGCAGUCGGGAUCUCAGUCAAAACCCCAAUCAAGACCGCAGUCAAGACCUCAAUCAGCACCUCAGUCAGCAACUCAAUCGAAACGAGCACAACAAGAAGCGGAAACAGAAUCCAGAUACUUGAAAGUUUCGCAAGUAGUACCGGUACGAUAUCCAACAAUUUGGCAGCGCAUCAAUCGUAUGCUUCCUUGGAAACAUGUGGAAACUGAUGCGGUGAGUUCAUUGUAA